CGCUUGUCAAGAAAGUGUUACAGUUGUUUCAUCGAGUUACGGUGUUUGGACAUCGUGGUUGUGUGAACUGUUAUUACCUAUGGAAUAUGUGUUCUAACAUAGAUUUUGAGCUGUUUUUGUGUGUUAUUUUCAAUCAGUGAUCAAAGUUUAAGUAAAAAUGAUUCAGAAAUAUUCAUCUUACUUUCAGUUAGCUAUUAUUAUUUGUGUUUUUAUUAAACAUGGGCAAAGCGAGUGGAAAAGCUGCCCUUCUAACGAAAUGUGUACCUGCCAACUAAAUCAGUUUAACUCGGCAGAGAUUAAGGAGAUGUCAUGUACCAAAGUUCCGUUUUUUAAACUGCCUUAUUUAACUGAUAAUAAACUUGAUCAGUUAAGUAUCACUGGAAGUGGCCUGGAGGUUUUAGAAGAUGAUUCCUUUUUAAAUUUAACAGCGUCAAGAAUUGUUCUAAGCAAUAAUAGAAUACAUUCAAUUCAAGAUAAAGUGUUUUCUAAAAUGAAUGAUACCCUUGAAGAUCUAAAUCUUGAUUUUAACAAUUUAGAUGAAGUACCCAUCAAUGCAAUUCAGUAUUUGGAAAAAUUAAAAAUUCUGUCACUUUAUCAGAAUCAAAUCUCAUCUGUGGUCGUAAAUUGGUCCAAUUUAAAUAACAUAGUGAAAGAACUCUCUUUGGGAGGAAAUGAAAUUGAGAACUUGCCAUUAAAACCAGAACUGUCUUUGAUGAAUAUGAAAGCUUUACUAACUAUAAAUCUGGCGGAAAAUUCUCUGCUUACUUUAGAAGCCAAUUCAUUGCCAAUGUCUCUUACUGUAUUAAAUGCAUCCAGUAACAAUAUAAAGGAGUUUCCUCAGCCUUUGUUGAAUUAUUUACAAGAACUUCAAUAUUUUAGUUUAAGCAAUAAUUUUAUCGAAUCCAUACUAACGCAUAAUUAUGAAGGCAAAAUAAACCUGGAGGAAUUAGAUUUGUCACGAAAUCUGCUCGAAUCUGUGGGAAAAUGGUUCCAUCAAACCGUAAGAGUAAAAAAAUUAAAUCUGAGUAAUAAUAAAAUCCACUCUGUUGAUAAGGAUUCUCUGAAUGAUCUAGAUUGUAGAAAAAUUGAUUUGUCUUAUAACAAACUUUCCAAAUUAGAUGAUGGAGUUUUCUCCGGUUUAAAAGAUUCUUUAGAAUUUUUGGAUCUUUCGGGUAACAGAUUCAAUAAAUUACCUGAUGCUUUAAAAUCUUCAAAGUCUUUGCAGACUUUAAAGUUUGAUUAUAAUAAUUUGUUAAAAGUAAAAUCGUCUCUAUCUUCUCUUAGUGGUGUUAAAAAACUUACAUUAGCCGGUAAUAAAAUUACUGUCUUUCCUUACGAAUCGUUAGGAUCUUUGAAAUCUUUGCAUCAUCUCGAUCUCGGUUACAAUAGAAUAGCUGAUAUUAGGAAAUCAGAUUUCAAAUCUUGGGGAAACUAUUUGGAAAAGUUAUUUUUACAGAGUAACAGUAUAUUGUUCCUUCAAAACAAUACAUUCGAGUAUGCUUCAAGGCUUACUGAACUGAGCUUGUCAUACAAUAAUAUCGGAUCUAUAGAUCAUAAUGCUUUUAAAUUCUUAGACAAGUCUUUAGAAAAACUUGAUAUAAGCUUUGGAUUGAAAGGUUUCGGUUUUCCUACGGCUUUAUCUACGCUGAAAUCGAUAAAAUAUCUUGCACUAGACAAUAAUAACAUUAAUGCAAUACCUGAAACGAUUUCCAACUUGGAAAGUAUAGAAACGCUUAUAUUAGACUUCAAUAAUUUAAAAGAGCUUAAGUCGAGUGUAUUCAGUUCGAAUGCUCAUAAAUUUUUAAAAGAAAUCAGGUUAUCAUUUAAUAAAAUACCCUCCAUUGAUAGUAAAACAUUCGCUGGCCUUCCGAAUCUCCAAACAGUCGGGCUGCACAACAACAAAAUAAUCAAACUAUCAGAAAAUGUUUUUACCGAUUUGAUUCAGGAAUUUUCUGUUUAUUUAUCAAAUAAUGUUAUUGAAAUAAUUGAUAGUAAGGCCUUCAGUAAUAUACCAAAACUGAAAAUGGUUGAUUUACAUGGAAAUAAACUUUUAACUUUCGAUUAUACUGUUUUUGAAAACGUCACCACUCAGAAUGAACCUAUGACACUAAACCUAUCGAGUAAUAGAAUUGAAAAUCUUAAAGUACCAACGUAUCAGAGAAAUCCUGUCUACAUCAUUGUUCUCGACUUAAGCCAUAACAAAUUUGCAAAAGUUCCCAAAAAGAUAGUAGAAAUUCAGACAUCUUUGAAAUUCUUAGAUAUGUCUUACAAUGAAAUAACAUCGAUUGAAUCGCAAGAUUUUUAUAGUAUGAUUAAUUUAGAACAUUUAUCACUCAUUCAUAAUAAAAUCGUUAAAGUCAAACCGGAUGCAUUUAUUAGCUUAAAGAAGCUUCAAAUUUUGAAUUUAUCCCAUAAUCACAUUGAAGAAGUUCAAAAUGAGCAAUUCAAAGAUUUAGAAAACUUGCGAAUUUUAGACCUGUCUUUUAACAGUAUCAAUAACAUACCUAAUAAUGCUUUUGAAAAUACCAAAGUGGAAAAACUUUCUCUUUCAAACAAUAGAAUUUCAUCUCUGCCAUCAUCAUUAGUUGUUAAUAUCAGGAAUACUUUAAGAAUUUUAGAUUUGUCUCACAAUCAAAUAUUAAAUAUUGAUCAAAAUAUUUUCCAGGCUAUACCUAAAAUAUAUGAUUUAAAUUUGUGUCAUAACAAAAUCACCGGUGAUAGUCUCGGUUCUUUACAAAAUUCAAAUUCUCUUUCUAGUUUACAGCUUUGUGGUAAUGAAUUGGUCUCUAUCACUAAUGACUCCUUCAAAAAUAUUUCAAAUUUGAGUUAUUUGAAUUUAGCUGAAACUGGGCUCACCUCUUUUCCUAAUGUCACUUUGCCUAGCUUGAAAAAUAUGAACGUUUCGGGAAACAAAAUAAAUAAUAUAACGGAAGGUUUUUUUAUGGGCUUACCCAAAUUAAAAGUUUUAACGUUAAGUAAUAAUCAGCUGGCUGGAUUAAGCAGCAUGAAAUGGAUACAACUUCAAAAUUUGAAGAGUUUGGAUUUGUCUAAUAAUCCGAUUAAGGUUCUGGACCAAUCGUGUUUCUUUGGUCUGUAUUCAUUGAGGAUGUUGAAUUUGCAAGAUUUGAACAACUUGGAAACAAUCGACCCAAUCAUAUUUGUCGACUUGGUACAGCUAACUUCCAUCAAAUUACAUAUGAAAUCGUCCGUAGGAUCCAAUCUGUCUAGAAUUCUGUCCAAUCUGGGAAAAUUGAGAGAGCUUUAUUUACAGAUGACAGAUGAAAAAGUCACAAAUCAAUUGCCAGAACAGAUGCCGAAAAAAUUACGUUUGCUAGAAAUUUCUGGCAAAAAUCUGAAGUACAUUGAUAUCGGUUCCCUUAACGUUCUUACAAAUUACUCAAACUUCGAGUUGAGAAUUACCGGGACGAGUAUAUCACAUUUACCAAAACACAUUUUUAGCAAACUAGAAAACAAAAGAUUCACAAUAGACUUGACUAAUAACCAGUUCGCAAAUAUAGGUCCUGAACUGUUUUAUAGGACGAUUGGUGAAACAAGGAGAUUUGGCUCCAAAGCGUUUCCAGGAGGUAUCCAUGUUGGCAAAAAUCCGUUAAUUUGUGGAUGUAAUACCAAAUGGUUGGCUCAAUGGAUGAGACGUCAUCUCAAUGAAGUUUCCGGAGCCAAUACGAUAUCGAUUCAGUCGAGAUUAGAACUUAUCGAAAGCAUGAACCAAGUCGUCUGUUCCGACAGUCAAACCAAACAAAUGUUCCCAAUACUAUCGCACGAUGUCACAACUGAUGAAACUUUAUGUGUAUUCGUUCUCAAUGUUCCGAAAGUUUCUACUGGAAAAGGUUCAAGCAGCAUUAUUAGAAUCGAUGCAUUUCUAUUAAUAUCAGUUUUGUUUAUUAAUUAUCUUUAUUGUAAGUAGUCAUACAGCAUUUCUAGAUAUUUUAAAAGAAUUUUGUGAUAUUGAGCAGUGAGUAAUUUAUGUUUAUGUGUCGUUUAUAUAUAUUAUGGACAAACCUAAAGUUUUUAAUAGCUUACAGUACCUAAAGUGCUUUGUUUUUAUUUUAAGGUGUAUCUACUUAAAAAAUAUUUAUAUAUUAAAUGCGUAUGCUUUAUUUCAGUAAGUAUUUAAUUAAAAAUAUACUAUUUAAAAAUCAAAUAUGAGUGAUUUUAAAAUGUACACUUUUAUGCCUACUAUAAAAAAAAAGUAUUUAUUUGAUUAAAAACUUUGAGAUUAUUUAAGAUAUGAGUUAAAUAUUACGGAAUCUUUAUGAAAUUAAUAUAUCGUUAUCAUAAAAAGUCACUAAGUACAAUUUUAUUGGAGCUGAGCUUGUAAAUACUUAUUUGUGAAUUUUGAUGUUAUGUAUCAAUGCAAUAACUCAUUGUUUUAAAAUAUCACAAACGCUAUUAUAUGUCCAAAAUAGUUAUCCUAAGUGCAUAAUAUUCUUAUUUCACUCAGAAACUUUAUCAAAUAACUUUAAUUUUCUAAAAUGUUAGUUAAGGAAUUUUCUCAAUAAACCUAUUUCAUAUUAAUAAUGAAUUGAAGAAGAAAUAAUAUAUGCUUUUAUUAGGCAAAGGAGUAUGUAUCACAACAGUUUAAUUUUAACACUUUAAAUAUUUUUAAUAAACUAGGAUUACAAUAUUCAUAGUGGCUAGUUUAUUUAAAGCUCGCAUUAUUUUUUAAAAUGAAAGUCUGCAAACUUUUUUUUUUUUAGAAUUUAUAUUAUUUUUAAUAGUUCGCGUUAAAUUCUUUAUUAAUUAUAAUUAUGAUAUUGAAUUAAUAUAUUUUAUAUUUCUCUACAAUUCUUUUAUUAUUAUUCAUUAUAUUAGAUCUGAGUUAUUAAAAUAUUGUUUAUUUAACUUCAACAUCCUUUUGUUUACCAAAAUAUUAUUAUUAUUUUAUGUUAUAAAUGUAUACUUAUUAAAUGUAUUUGUUUUGUUUUUUUAUUUGAAUUGAAUUUUUAUCAUUUCAGAAAUUAUAAUUAUUAUUAUUUAAUAUUUAAAUUAUUCCAUAAAGAAGGUUGACUCUGUAUUGAAAUUGACAAAUUUUGUAAUUGUCAAGUUGUUAAGAUGUUCUUUUGGAAUGAACCGUGAAACCAGAGCUUAUUACGAAAUUAUGUUUUUAUUUAAGUACAUUAAAGAAAAUUAUGUAUAUUUUCAGUAUAUAUUCAUUUUACAUUAAUACAUAUUUUUAUGUAUAUAUUCAAAAUACAGUUUAUUUUUCAUAAUUUUACGUUCUGAAUCGAAAGUAUAUAGCAAUUCAAUAGGAAUUAUAAUGCUAUAAUAUCAAGUAUGUAGAGCUAAUCACAGCAUCGUUUGACUUUAUGAUGAAGAUUUAAUAAAUUAGAGUCAAGGUCGACAUUUUGUUCACAUGCCAUGAAUUAUUGUGAUGCAUAAAGUCAUCUUAUUAAUAUAUGAUUCGACUUAAAAAUAUGUUUUAUUCGCUGAAUUAUUUCCUUUAAGGUUCAUACUUUUAGUGUAAUGUAGCUUUUCAUAUUUUUUUAUUUUUUUUUAAUUUUUAGUAAAUUACAUAGCAAUUUUAAUUUCCAUAGUCAUUUUUUUUUCUAUACUUGACUGUUUGGAUACCUUGUUCAUUUUCAGAACUUGAAGAUAGUACGAUAAAUUUUUCAAUGUUCUAAAAUAGCUUUGCGAUACUUAAAUGUGUUUAUUGUAAAUAAUUAUGUACAAAAAAAUAUGUAUAUUUUUAUGAGCUAUUUUGUUUAAUAUAUUUUUGUUAAGUGGAACAAAAACCAAAAAGUAUUUGAUUCAUUAGCUAGUCAUAAUUUUUUUAAAACAUAAAAACUUAAUUCUAUAAAUUUUAAUAUAAUUUAUUAAUUAUACUGAAUUUUAUGUAAUAAUAUUCGAUAUGAUUAAUAAAAUUAAGUUUAAUGCAUGUUUAUUGUUAUUGAUAGUUAAAAAUGAUAAUUUGAAAUCAUUUUACUAAGGCAACCUGCAAAAUGCUUUUAUAAAUGUGUGUAAUUUCCCAAUCUCAUUUCAUGAAAAUUAUAAGAAGUAUUUUCGUACUGAUGUAAACAUUUUUUUUUUUUAUUGAAUUAGUCAUUUGAAAAAUCUCAGUACAAAACAAUAUAAAUAUAAAUGUUGCUUGGUGUGUUUGCUAUACGUUGUUAAUAAAACGUUCAAAGUGUAUGUUAUAAUGAUAUCUAAUGCAAUCAGUAUUUAUAUUAUUACUUAAAAAUGCAAUCAAAUAUUUGUUCUAAAAUGUAUAAAAAUAAAUUUGUUAUGGUUAACCAUUUACUUUUUUGUUACCUUUUCAUGUAUAAUCAUUAAACUUAUUGAUUAAUUAUGUUUAUUUUCUAUUAUUAUUAGCUACAAACUUGAUCACAGUAAGUCUUUAAGUUAUCAACGAC